AAAGAUUUAGAUAAAUAGCUAGACAUUCGUGCUAUAAUAGUUCGAAAAUAGAUAAUGUAAAAUGAAUAAUUUGAAAAUUUCAUUCAAAUUACUCUAUUGCGAGCGAAGAUAUUAGCCUUUGGAGGUUUGACAAGACGGUGUGCUAAGUCUCGCUCCUCCAUUUUUAAAUUAUAUCAAAAUAUGGCUAAACCGUUCUAAUCUAUUUAAUAUCAGAGAAAUCCGAUGCCAUCAAGAAUUGAUUAUGGCCUAGAUCAGUUAAUUAAUGUCUAAUUAAUGAUGUAGAAAACAUUUCAGGCCUAGGCAGAUUUAGCGCUUGCAUAAUGUAUGUUUAAAUGUAAGUAUUUGUGUGACAGGAUAAAUACUUAAUAUGCAAAUUAGUCUGGAAAAGGCGGGGAAAACAGUUGAAUAAAACAAAUUUAUGGUAACACAUGAAUCGUGAUAAACGUUGAGAUGUCUGACAGCUUAAAAUCCGGGUAGCGUAAAUCUACAUAAUCAAAAACACGUCUUCAAAUGCAAAUAAAAAAAUCAGGUGACGUUUUACACACCUUCAUUAACAGGGGCUCUAGAGACGUUCAUCUGUAUUAAUCAAUCAAUUGUCAUGAUAAGCUAUUGUGAGGCGACAGCAAGGAAGUCUAAUUUAAGUACAGCCAUAGCUUAGGUUUGAGGUCAGCAUGGAAGUUUGCGGGGUGUGGCAAUUAGUCAAAGUAUAUAAACAUUAUUUUCCACUGAAUCAAAAUAUUGAGCUGUCAAGUUGUCGGGGAAUAUAGCAGUGUAAAUACGAUAAAGGAUGAUUUGUCGAUUAUUUUGCGUAUUCUUGGUGGGUUUUCUAUCAAUUCGAGCCGAUGAUUCUGACGAUGGACCAGCUCAAGUGUCAGCCUUAGAUUGUAAAAGUUUAUUAGACGUAGUCGUAAUUGUUGACGGUUCAGACAGUAUUGAUGCUGAUGAUUUCAGUAAGUUGAAAUCAGCACUGGAGUCUCUAGUAACUGAUUUGAAUGUUAAACCAGAAAAUACCCAUCUUGGGAUUAUUUUAUUCAGCGCAAAUAUAACUGCUAGAAUCGAACUGAGUGGGGAUGCUGCGAACCUAAUUUCCAGAAUCCGGGGUUUGGGACAUCCUCGUGAUGGAACUAACACUGGUCUUGCUAUUGCGGAAAUGAAUGACAUGGUCUCCGUUUUACGAAGAAAAGGAGUUCCAAUUGUUGGUAUUGUUAUUACUGAUGGUAUCUCUAAAGACCCUAUUUACACCGCUCAGCAAGCUGUCGUAUCCAGAGAUAUGGGAAUUAACAUGGUUGCCAUUGGCGUUGGAACUAAAGUUGACGAACUGGAACUUCAAUCUAUUGCCUCAAAUGGCCAGGUCCUGACCACCGCCCACUUCAACCAGAUUAGGGCCAUUUUGGGUAACCUUGUACAAGUUGUGUGUCCAACUACCACCACUACUACGACUACAACGACCCCAGUACCAACUACAGCAAUUCCCACAACCACACCCACCCCAACUACUACAACCAUCCCAGCACCAAACCCCACUAAAACUAUAAAACCAGAUCCUUGUUCAGGAUGCAAGAUGUCCAAUGGUAUCGGUUACAAUCCUCAUCCCAUCGAUUGUCGAAAAUAUAUCCAGUGUGAGUUCGGAUUAAACGGCGUCAUUAAUUCUGUAGUUCAAGAAUGUGGUCAUGGACUUUUCUGGGAUCAGGACCUGUUGACUUGUAACUACCCUGCUGCCGUCCAGUGUGCUGCUGAUCCUUGCAAGAAUAUGUACAGCCAGACGUACAAAAAUGGUGGAAACUGUCGGGAAUAUUACGGAUGUGUCAACGGUUCAUCUGUUGGACAGUGUUGUGCUAAAGGUAACGCUUAUGUUUCUGGACGUUGUGUUUAUAACCAAGGAUGCGAUGCUUACUGUUCAGGAGAUGUUGUCAACACGGUUUGUGACAAACGAGCUGUUUCCGGCAAUAAACGAGUCUUUGAGCAACUGGUAUCAGAUUACCAAUGGGUUUCGAUGCCAUGCGCACCAGGAACUGCCUACAAUUCUGAAGAUUGUGGAUGCACUGUUUUAGCUGAUUCUGUUGCCAUCCCAGUUACGCACCAAUGUCGGCGAAUUGUUUAUUUACCAUUUGACAAGGAUGUAAGCGAUCAGUCAGGAAAUGGUAAUUACGUUGAGAAUAUUGGUGUUACCGUGAGUGGAGGCUCUGCGUAUUUUGAUGGAAAAAGUGGUUUGAGAAUCCCAAGAUUCGCUAAUGUUGAAUUCGGUACCAAAUUCGUCAUAAAACUGACUUACAGAAACGAUGGAGUUUCUGACAAACCGGAAGCUGUCGUAUCCAAUGGUGACUGUGGCAAACCACAAACCCUGCUCAUCGCUUCGUAUAAACACACAACAAUGUUUGGUCUACAACCUGUAACUGGUAGGCCUAGAGUCGUUUCUAUUCCAUCUACUGUUGGCUGGAAUAACAUUAUAUUUAAAAUACAAGAUAACCAUCUAUCAGGAUCAGUUAAUGGUAAUGAAGCCCGCACGGCUAAUGAUGGUGAUGUAAAGAGAAGUCAGUGUGCCCUACAGAUUGGCCGUGGUACCAGUCUUAAUAACUUCCGGGGUUACAUGGAUGAGUUCUCGGUCUACAUGUGCUAAACUACAACCUGCAAGACAGAUAAUAUUUAACAAGCUUAUGUGAUAUAUAUAUUGCUAAUGUAUGUGACGUAUAUUACUAAUGUAUGUGACGCAAAAUGCUGAUGUAUGUGAUAUAUAUAUAUUGACCAACUUAUGUGAUAUAUAUUGCUAAUGUAUGUGACGUAUAUUACUAAUGUAUGAUAAUGCAUGUGAUGUAUAUUGAUAAUGCAUGUGAUGUGAUGUAUAUUGAUAAUGCAUGUGAAUAAAUAUCGAUAAUAAAUUGAAAAUGUUUGUGACAUAUUGAUAAUGUAUGUGACAUAUAUUGAUAAUAUAUGUGAUCGGAGCUAGGGAGGCAACGAGGGACAGACUGCACCUGCAUGCCAUCACUUUAUUUCACCUACUUGUACCCAGGAGAAACGCCUUUCUAGAGCUUUAUGAAUGGUGUUUAACAGCACCACUGGACAGAGUCUCUCAUAAGGCACUAUUGAGCUCUUAUUCAAGGAAAUGGAAGCUGUAAAAUCUGUUUUAAUCUUACCUCUAUCUCUAACCUGUGCUAGACUAGCAACUCAUUUACGACUAGCUCUAUUUGCAUGUUUAAUAGGAAACACCUGUCUGCAAUAUCACCCCCCGGUGGAAGCGGACGAUAAACCCCAUGAAAGAAGCAAUGAUGAAUUAUGCACAGACAAGGUCUGGACUGAUAAGCAUCCUCUCAGUAUUAGUUGAGGACAAAACGUCAACUUUUAGCCGUUUUUUACAUUCCGGGUUAUAGCUCAGUCUGUUAAUAUUGAAUAAUAGGUGUGGUCGGAUUUUAUGUGCCAUAUUGAUAAUGUAUGUGAUAUAUAUUGAUAAUGUAUGUACCAUAUUGAUAAUGGAUGUGAUAUUGAUAAUACUAUUAUGUGAUUAUCAUUUGAUAUAUAUUGAUAAUGUUAAUGUAUGUGAUGUAUAUUGAGAAUUUAUGUGAUAUAAAUGUAUAUGGGAUGUUAUUGUAAUGUUUCCAAAAUAUUACCCGUUACCUUUGCAAUCGACUUAAAAACAGUGUCAAUGGUUUAAUUUCAUACCAUUUACAGUAAUUAAUUUACAUUUGUGUUUAAAGUAGCUAAGUCUCUAACUCAGUAUCAUCCAAAACCUACGACAAUGAAAACACGAAUUAUUUGUCAAUUUUAAUCAACAUUGGUGUUGUGAUCUUACCGGGAAAAGCUGGGCUUCUGAUAUUCAAUAAACAUUUUACGAUUGGUACACGAUGCGUUUCAGCGCAAUUUGUAACAAGCGACUCGGAAGAACGAGGUUAGACAUAUUCCACAAGUCAUGUCAAACGGUGACCCCAUAUUCUUAUCUGGAAAGCAUGUGCAAUAAAUACUAUCAUCAGUGUAGACUGGAAUAACCAGGCGCUAGACAUUGCCAUUCGAUUGAGACUUUUGGCUUAUUUCGCCGAACAUAACUAUUUUGAAAUUAGAGUAAAAACGGAAACGACUGAAUGUAAAUCAGUUUAUUUACAUUCAUAUUACAUUAUUAUAUACGUUGCGACCCAUUUGUGUCAAUUUGUAGGUCCCAAAUAUUAGCGAUUAAGCUCCUUUAAAAGUCUGUAUUAAAUUUACAAUAGGUCAAUUCAAUCAUUUAAACAUUUUUCAUUUAUCAUAAAUAUAAUAUUUGUAAUGAUCGAAAUAACUUUAAAAACACUGAUUUCGUAAACAAUAUUAUAUGCAUGACAUAUACAUAGUAUAUAAAAAGCCAAUGAAAAUCAAUAAGAAAGAAAGAACUGUUUAUAUUGUCAUUCUAUUUUUAUAUUAUUUUAUAUGUAUAUUCGUUCUGUAUUUGCGCGCUGUAUCAUAUGACCUGUCAUUUAGUCUAUUGGCGUGGUUUCGAAUCCCCGGUUGUACGUGACAAGGAGUAGGGUCGCCUGUCCAACCUGGCGGGUUUUCUCCGGGUCCUCCGGUUUGCUCCCACUGCCAAA